AUGAAGCGGAAAGCGGAGGAUACAUUUCAUAGCGCUUCUGACGGAAGCAAACUAUCUGCUCAGCGGAAACGCAUCAAAGUUUCAGAGCUGGAGAACACAAGAGACACAGAGAUGACCAGCUACGAGGAGAAAACCAGCUCAGGAGGAAGAGGAGUGAAGCGGAAAGCGGAGGUUGCUUUUCAGUGUGUUUCUGACAGAGGCAAACCAUAUGCUCUGCGGAAACGCAUCAAAGUUUCAGAGCUGGAGAACACAAGAGACACAGAGAUGACCAGCUAUCAAGAGAAAACCAGCUCAGGAGGAAGAGGAAUGAAGCGGAAAGCGGAUGAUGCUUUUCAGAGUGUUUCUGGUGGAGGCAAACCAUCUGCCCACCAGAAACGCAUCAAAGUUUCAGAGCUGGAGAACACAAGAGAAGACGCCGACACAGAGACGUCCAGCUCAGGAGGAAGAGGAGUGAAGCGGAAAGCGGAUGAUGAUUUUCAGAGUGUUUCUGACAGAGGCAAACCAUAUGCUCUGCGGAAACGCAUCAAAGUUUCAGAGCUGGAGAACACAAGAGACACAGAGAUGACCAGCUAUGAGGAGAAAACCAGCUCAGGAGGAAGAGGAGUGAAGCGGAAAGCAGAUGAUGCUUUUCAGAGUGUUUCUGGUGGAGGCAAACCAUCUGCCCACCAGAAACGCAUCAAAGUUUCAGAGCUGGAGAACACAAGAGCAGACGCCGACACAGAGACGUCCAGCUCAGGUCAGUCCACUCUUUAUGACUGGAAAAUGCUGGAAAACUAUUAG